UGUCUGCUGGGUGGAUCGAGCAGUCAACAAGUGAAGCAGCCAUUUGAAAGAGUAGGAACAUUUCAGCGAGACAACAACUAAAAAUGCAAAAUCCAUUAACGCCAAGAUAAUGGAAUUCAUUGCUCUUGACAAUCAACCGUUCUCUGUCAUGGGUGAUGUUGGCUUUCACCGAUUGGUCAAGCACAGGUACACACUACCAAGUGCGCUAUUUUUCAGAAGUUGUCCUAACGGAGUUACACAGUAAUAGCUUCACGACUGACAUUUGGACCAGCAUGAGCUCCAUGAGCAUGCUGAGUCUGACAGCACAGUGGGUCGUCGAGGAUUUCGUACUGAGGGAGGUCGUAUUGUAUGCUCAAGAGUAUGCUGGUUGUCAUACCGCUGCUGCCAUUUCAAUGGCAUUUGAGAACAUGUUUGGAACAUAGAAACAUGAACAUACUAGCUAGCUCUAUUCGAACAACUGACUCGAGAAAUAAGCUAAUCAACUGCGCCUGCAGCAGACAUGAUACCCUCUGUCAUGGCAUUGAAACGCCUGCUCAACAAAACUGUCGACACAGGCUGUGAACAAGCGAUUCGGUGGCAUUCUCUCUUUACUGUGUCGCCACCAUGUUCGAUGCUAUGUACAAGGACCGCUACUUCGAUGCAGACAAGAAACAGGGUUUACGUGAAAUAUUACAUACACAGCUGGACAAGAUGGAAAUGCACACCGAGGAAGAGAGGCCACGGACAGACAGACCUGAAACUUCACUGCUUGACAUGUAUGAUGAAAUCCUGGUUGAGAAUAAAACGACUGAACGACGAAACAGCACAGCGAACCACCCCUACUGAGACCAACGUGAUCCCCACCAUGAACCACAAACUGACCCAGGAACAGGAGAAACAGCUGUGUUCCUUACUGGGAAACGUCAAACUCAGCCUGCUGUUCAAGGCCAGUAUAUAUGGCUACACAGGAGCAGCCUUUCACCAGAAAUGUGACCACCAAGGUCCCACAGUCUCUGUAGGAUAUAACUCCACAGGGUUUGUUUUUGGAGGCUACACAAGUAAAGAUCAUGAUGUAGCCAAGCAAGGCCAGUACAUACAGGAUGACAAAGCCUUUUUGUUCAGUUUAACUGGUAGAAAUCCUGUCAGGUAUCCUGUCACAAAUGCCCAAUAUGCGGUCAAAAUGCAUAACACAACUGGCCCUUACUUUGGGGAGGCUUUGUUGUUAAUGAACGCUAACACCGCUACAGUGAUCAGCAUUCCAGGAAAGUACUACAACUUCAAUGCUGCAGAAAUGCAUGGCAAUAACCUCAACCUAACUGAGUGUGAGGUGUAUAAAGUGGAAGAAGGUGGUAACAUCAUCGAAAAGCCAUGGAGGACAAUUCUUUGGAAAGCUGAGAGGAGAAAGGAGCUGAUGGACUCUGUUAAGCUCUACAGGCCCAUGAUCAGUUCUGUGGGUCAGGCUAGAGUUCUACUCAUCGGCCCAGUCGGCGCUGGAAAGUCCAGCUUUUUCAACUCUGUCAACUCCAUCUUCCGAGGCCAUGUGACCAGCCAGGCCAUAUCGGGCAGCUCUGGAACCAGUCUGACCACUCAGUUUCGCACCUACUCAGUUAAGGCUGGACGCGAUGGCAAACCGCUGGCAUUCAUUUUGUGUGACACGAUGGGAAUGGAGGAGGCCACAGGGGCGGGGCUAGAUGUGGAUGACAUCAGCAGCAUUCUGAAAGGCCAUGUGCCAGACAGAUACCAGUUCAACCCCUCAGUCCCUCUGCAAGCAGAUGCCCACGGAUUCCGGCAGUCAGUGAAACUGCAUGAAAGGAUCCACUGUGUGGUGUACGUCAUGGACACCUGCAAAGUCUCCAUUAUGUCCACCAAACUGGAGGAGAAACUGGUGGCCAUUCGCAGGAGGGUCAACCUGCUAGGCAUCCCACAGCUGGUUCUUCUUACCAAGGUGGAUGAGGCCUGUCCCUGUGUGGCCAACAACUUGAGGAACGUGUACAACAGCCAGUACAUAAAGACCAAGGCCCAGGAGGUGAGUGGCCGUCUGGGGCUACCCAUGUCCUGCAUUGUCCCGGUGAAGAACUACAGUGAAGAGCUGGAGCUGGACAUGAGCUGUGACAUCCUGCUCCUCAGCGCCCUGAUCCAGAUGCUCCGCUUCGCAGACAACUACUUUGAUGACGUCAACGACCAAGAGAAACACGACUAGACCAAGUAGAGGAGAUCACCCAGCAUGGUGGUGGUAUUGCCUGUCUAUGCCACCUUGUUUAGCCCUCUCUCUGCCUCAUUCUGUAUAUCUUGUUCUAUGGUGUUCACGUAAUCAUAAUUAUGAUGACUAGUUAUCCAUUACGCAACUACAGAAUGAUAAGAAUAACAUAACAUGCCUCAUUGAGCCUACAUCUUGAAUAUUUUAUUCAAUUGCUAGAAAUAAUCUAUAUUUAGGCAUAAAAAGAAAGUUAGUUCACUAGCAUGGCUAAUUCUGUUCUUGUUUACAUCAUUGUGAUUGUUUGGAUUACAUGGGAUAGGUGAAAGGCCUGGGUUUUCUUCAUAUGUUCAUUGAUUGCUUUGCAUACUAGUUGAUCCUACAUAGUCAGUUCUUGGAUAGUCUCAUACAGCAAUCUGCUCCUCAGAAUAUACCCCAGCUGAAGAAAAAGUAGAGGUUAAACUUAGUACAAGAUCAUGUAGUUUUUACAUUGGAUUCACUUCACAUUUGGCUUGCAAUUGCUUGUGGUUUAACCACUAGAUGACAGUAUAUCAUGAAACUGAAAAUAAGUUGCUAAUAGUAUGUGCUGCUGUUGGAAAAGCUGCCCAUUAAAGUUACCUUUGUUGAAUAUCA